AUGGACGAAACCAUUGAGGCGCACCGCCAGCGAGCGCGGCAGCGUUUGCGAAACAUGGCUGCACCGAGUCCGGGGCCUUCGACGCUACGGAAUGCGACACAGUCACCUACCAAGCCGAUACAGCGGCCACCGCCACGGGACAAGGCCCUGGGCGACUAUAUUGAGUUUGACUUGACGCGCCUGCGCAAUUCCAAGGGUGGUUUCCUCGAAGAUACGCAUGAGGAGGAGGAUGCAUGGAAGGCCUUGGAGGAGAAGCGCAAGGAGCGCGAGCGAGAAAUGCAGCGCCUGCGUGACCAGAUGGAGCCAGGCGUGAGUUUGGAUCCCAAGUCGCGACCGACCUGCGAGAUGUGUGGGACCGAGGACAUAUUGUAUGAUCCAUUUCUGCGUGUCUUCAAUGUGAGAGUAUGCCGUGCAUGUGAGCGUGCACACGCCGAGCGAUACAGUCUCCUGACCAAGACCGAAGUGAAAGAAGACUAUCUGCUGACGGACGCUGAACUGGCCGAUGGCGAGCUCCUGCCCCAUCUCCUGAAGAAAAACCCACACAAGUCGACCUACAGUAAUAUGAUGUUGUUUCUCCGAUGUCAAGUCGAGGCAUAUGCAUUUUCCGACGCUAAAUGGAAGUCUGCCGAGGGCCUCGAUGCCGAGUACGAGCGACGGCAAGAAGACCGCAAGCGCAAGCGAACGCGCAAAUUUCAGCAAGGACUCGAGCGACUACGAAAGCGGACGAUCCGCGAUAAUGUGUGGCAAGAGCGCCGCGAUGCGGAGCACGUGCACGACUGGCGGCCGUGUGGUGUGCCGCAUCAGCAGCAGUGCCAGGGUUGUGGGCAGCGUAUCACCGUGGAGGAGUUGUAA